UUCUUUUUAUAGAGAAUUCCUCCAUCACUGGGUCAAUUACGAAAAUUACGACAUUUAGAUCUUGAAGAAAAUAAACUUGAUUCACUACCUCAGGAAAUAGGUUAUUUACGUGAAUUAACAAGAUUAAUAGUUGCAUCAAAUCAAUUGACUCAAUUACCACGUUCCAUUGGAUCUUUAUCAAAUUUGACUCAUUUAAAUGUUGGUGAAAAUAAUUUAACUUCAUUACCUGAGGAUGUAGGUCAAUUAGAAAAACUUGAACAACUUUAUAUAAAUGAUAAUCCAAAUUUGGAUGUACUUCCUUAUGAAUUAGCAUUAUGUACUAAUUUACAAAUAAUGAGCAUCGAAAAUUGUCCACUUAGAAGUUUACCACAAGAAAUAGUAGCUGGUGGACCUUCUCUCGUGAUACAAUUUCUCAAAGUACAAGGACCGUUUAAUUUAAAUUGA